GAGAGAUUGAGAGAGAGAGAGAGAGAUCAACCUUAGUUUGUUUUUCACAGGUAUUGCUCCAUGUCAACAUCACCCACUCUCCCUCUCACAUCACAGCAAGGAUGGAACUGGAAGGAGGAUUAAAUUGGAUUGGAGGGAGCAUAGAUAGCUGAUAGCUGAUCGUAGAGAAUCUUGACCACCACCCUCAACUCAACUCUCAACUCUCACCUCUCUUUCUCCUCCUCCUCUUCUUCUUCUUCUUCUUCUUCUUCUUCACCUCUCCUCCUCCUCCUCUUUAUGUUUUCUUCCUUUGUCCUCUGUCGUCUCCGAUGAUGAUCAUCAUACAUGAUUAAUACUGCACCUGUACCUCUGGAAUCUGUCGUAUGUUCAAUCAUCAAUCAGCCAUGCUCUGGGAUCCCUCCUCUUCAUCCAAUCAUACCACUCCAACUCAUCCUCUUCAUCGUCAUCGCCAUAGCCACACCUUCGCCGCCGCCAUCCACCCCGCAGCAACAACAGUCAUACUCAUCCUAUUAAUAUUCCUCUCCCCUUCCCGCUUCGUCCUCACCUCCAAUGCCGCCUGCGACCCCCUGGAUCUCGAUUCUCUCUCCGCCUUCAACCUCUCCAUCUCUGCCACCCCUCCCCUGGACUGGUCCCCUUCCCGGGACUGCUGCGCCUGGGAAGGCAUCGCCUGCGAUGCCCUCUCCGGCAGGGUCACCAAUCUCUGGCUGCCCUCCAGGGGCCUCGCCGGAUCCCUACCCCCUUCCCUCCUCAACCUCACCGCCCUCUCCCAGUUCAGCCUCUCCCACAACUGGCUCUCCGGCCCUCUCCCCCCGGGAUUCCUCGCCGCCCUCCCCCACCUCCGGGUGGUCGACCUCAGCCGCAAUCGCCUCUCCGGAGGCCUAUCCCCCUCCAACGCCCUGCCCGCCGCGAUUCGGGUCUUCAACGUCUCCAACAACCGCUUUCAGGGGGCCAUCGAUUCUUCCUUCUUCCAGCCCAACUCGGAAUUGGAAACCUUCGAUGUCGGCAACAACAGCUUCUCCGGCCAAAUCCCUCCAUCCAUAUGCAGGCUGUCGCCCGGACUCCAGAGGCUCGAUUUCUCCAACAAUCAACUCUCCGGCCCCAUUCCUCCUCAAGGCUUCGCCGAGUGCCGCCGUCUGCUCAGCCUCAGGGCCGGUUUCAGCAAUCUCUCGGGGGAGAUCCCACGGGAAAUCUACGGGUUGCAGACCCUGGAGGAACUCUACUUGCCGGGCAAUCAGCUCACAGGGGCGAUCGACGAAGAGGGGAUCGUCAACCUCGUCAACCUGCGAAGCUUGUCGCUGUACGGCAACGAGCUGGCGGGGGCCAUUCCUCCCGGCAUCGGGAAGCUGUCCAAAUUGGAGCAGCUGCAGCUCCACAUAAACAAGCUCACCGGCACCAUCCCGCCCUCUCUGGCCAACUGCACCAGGCUCACCACCCUCAACCUGAGGGUCAACUCCCUCCAAGGUCAGCUCUCGGACUUUGAUUUCUCCAGCUUGGUCCAACUUAGGACGCUCGAUCUGGGCAACAAUCUGUUCUGGGGUGGCCUGCCCCUAACCCUGUUCUCCUGCAAAACCCUCACCGCGCUCCGCCUCGCCACCAACAACCUGAGCGGAGAGAUUCCGCCGGCCAUAGCCAACUUAACAUCCCUCUCCUUCCUCUCCAUUUCUAACAACAGCCUGACCAACAUGGCUGGCGCAUUGAGAAUCCUGGGGGGGUGCAAGAACCUCAGCACCUUGAUCCUUUCCAAGAAUUUCUACGACGAGGCGCUGCCUGGGGACGAAGAACUCGGGGAUUGGGUCGGCAGCGGCAACGGCAACGGCAACGACACGUUUCAAAAUAUCCAAGUGCUGGCUCUCGGUGGGUGCGGAUUCACGGGACAAAUUCCAGCGUGGCUGUCGAAGCUGGGGAGGCUGGAGAUUGUGGACCUCUCGUACAACAACCUCACAGGCUCCGUCCCGGGCUGGUUCGGGAAACUUCCCAAUCUCUUCUACCUGGACGUGUCCCACAACCUGCUCACAGGAUACUUCCCCAUGGACCUCAUCCAGCUGCCCAGGCUGGCCACCCACCCAAACUCUGACCUCGUCGACAGCACCUCCAGCAAUCUGGAGCUGCCUGUUUUCGUCAAGCCCAACAAUGCCUCCAACCUGCAAUACAACCAGCUCUCAGGCCUGCCGCCGGCUCUCUACUUGGCCAACAACAGCAUCCGCGGCACCAUUCCCGUUGAGAUCGGUCGGUUGAAGUUCAUUAUCGCCCUCGACCUCAGCAACAACAAUUUCUCCGGCACAAUCCCGGACACCCUCUCCAACCUCACCAACCUGGAGAAGCUCGACCUCUCCGGAAACAGCCUCUCCGGCGCCAUUCCCGCCUCCCUCCGAAACCUCCAUUUUCUGUCGUCUUUCAGCGUGGCAUACAACGACCUUGAAGGCCCAAUACCCACAGGAGGUCAGUUCGACACGUUCACCAAUUCAAGCUUCGAUGGAAAUCCCAAGCUGUGCGGCCGAAUCCUGCAGCGUCCUUGCAGUAGCCAAUCCGCAGCCGGGCAUUCGGAAAACCGAGCAGGGAAUUAUCGGAAGAAGACCAUUGUGCUGACCCUGGUGAUCUGUUCGGGCAUAUUCACCUUGGCCCUGCUCCUCUACUGCGUGUUUUCUAAGAGGAGAAUCCUGCCGAGAGGCGAUAUUGAAGGAAAGGAUAUGGACACAAUGUCGUUCAACUCUUCUGGGGUGUAUCCUGAGGACGACGCCAAGGAUGCGAGUAUGGUGGUGCUGUUUCCUAGCAACAGUAAGAGUAAAAUAGAGGAUCUCACCAUGGUUGAUAUACUGAGGGCCACAGACAACUUCAACCAGUCUAAUAUAAUUGGGUGUGGGGGCUUUGGUCUGGUGUACCGGGCAACCCUGGUGGACGGCACCAAGCUUGCAAUCAAGAAACUCUCCGGAGACAUGGGGUUGAUGGAGAGGGAGUUCAAGGCCGAAGUGGAAGCCCUGUCGACAGCCCAGCACAAGAACCUGGUUACGCUCAGAGGCUACUGCGUGCACGACGGCUGCAGGUUGCUGAUAUACUCUUACAUGGAAAACGGGAGCUUAGACUACUGGUUGCAUGAGAAACUGGACGGGGCUUCCCAACUCACUUGGCCGAUUCGUCUGAAGAUUGCUCGAGGGGUGAGCUGCGGGGUGGCCUACAUGCACCAAAUCUGUGAACCCCAUAUCGUGCACCGUGACCUCAAGUCCAGCAACAUCCUUCUUGACCGUAACUUCGAGUCGCAUGUGGCAGACUUUGGCCUAGCGAGAUUAAUUCUUCCCUAUCACACCCAUGUCACCACCGAAUUGGUGGGCACCCUGGGCUACAUUCCACCUGAGUACAGUCAAUCAUGGAUAGCCACCUUACGCGGCGACAUCUACAGUUUUGGUGUUGUUAUGCUGGAACUGUUGACCGGCAAGAGGCCUGUCGAGUUGUUCAAGCCCAAAGUGUCGAGAGAGUUGGUGGUGUGGGUGCAGCAGAUGAGGAACGAGGGGAAACAGGAGGAGAUCUUUGAUCCUCUCCUCAGAGGGAAGGGGUUCGAGGAAGAGAUGAUUCAAGUGCUCGACGUGGCCUCCCUGUGUGUGAGCCAGAAUCCCUUGAAGAGGCCGACUAUACAAGAGGUGGUUGAUUGGCUCAAGGACGUCGGGGGAGGAUCCAACAGGCAGUCGACAGAAUGAAGGAGGGAGGGAGGGGCUUGUGAUUGAUUGGUUGAUUGAUUGAUUGAUUGAUUGAUUGCACAUAACACAUGAAUAAACACAACUCUGAAAUUGGUGCUGAUAGAUAGAUAGAUAGAUAGUAACUGAGUGAAUGUAAAUCCCACAACCACCAUACUUAGCUAGCUUCUUUGUCGACAUUUUUUGUGAACUGAGUGAGUCGUUUCAGCUGUACAAAGAUGAGUUUUUGCAUCGAAAAUAAGUUCUGGAGUGGAAUUAUAGAAAACUUGUACAGAACAGAUGUUUAUUGUGGAACGAACUAACUGGUACCACCAACCAAUUUCUGGUGUGAA